UUCCGCUUCCGGUGUGGAGGCGGCUGUGGGAGGAGGCGAGGCGAGGCAGAGAGGGAGGGAGACGCUCUGCCGGGGGGGGGCCCAGAGCGGACCGGCGCCCCGCCCGCCAACCCAGCGACCAUGAGGCCGGCGGCCUGGGCCGGGGACGCGGCCUUCACCGGAACGGAGGCGGCUCCCUGAGAAGCGGCCUGGCCGGGCAGGCGGAGGGAGGCGCAGGAAGGCCCAGCCGAGCCAUGGACAACCAGUGUACGGUCCAGGUGAAGUUGGAGCUGGGGCAUCGGGCCCAGCUGCGAAAGAAGCCCACCACCGAAGGCUUCACCCACGACUGGAUGGUCUUUGUGCGCGGUCCUGAGCAGUUUGAGAUCCAGCACUUUGUGGAGAAGGUGGUUUUUCGGCUACAUCAGAGCUUCCCAAAACCAAAACGUGUCUGCAAAGACCCUCCGUACAAAGUGGAGGAGUCUGGCUAUGCUGGCUUCAUCAUGCCCAUCGAAGUUCACUUCAAAAACAAGGAGGAACCCAAGAGAGUUUGCUUCACCUACGAUCUCUUCCUGAACCUGGAGGGGAACCCACCUGUCAACCACCUGCGCUGUGAGAAAUUGACUUUCAACAACCCGACGAAGGAAUUCCGACGCAAGCUGCUCAAAGCUGGAGGGGUCAUGGUGAUGCCGGAAGGAGCAGAAACUGUGUCCCGGCCCAGUCCUGACUACCCCAUGCUGCCCACAAUCCCGCUGUCAGCUUUCUCUGAUCCCAAGAAGACCAAACAGUCCCAUGGAUCAAAGGAGGCCGGCAAAGACGGGAGCAAAGCUUCCAAGCCUCACAAAGUGACCCGAGAACACCGAGAGAGACCCCGGAAGGAUUCGGAGAGCAAGGCCUCCUCCAAAGACCUGGAGAGGGAACCCGGCAAGCCCUUGAAGGAUUCCUCGAGGAAAGUGGUUGAGAACAAGGUGCCCAAGGAGGAGAAGCCCCUCCCCAAAGCGGCCUUCAAGGAGCCCAAGCUGGCCCUGAAGGAGCCCAAGCUGGAGAACUCCUCCCCCAAGGGGGGGCCUCCACAGGCCGAGCUCAAGCCGUCCAGCAAGAGGCCCCCGGCGGUAGAGUCGCCCAAGCCCAGUGCCAAAAAGCUGAAGAAGAGCAGCUCCAAAGCGGCCAAGACCAUCCCGGCCACCUCGCCCCGUGCCGUACCUUACGCCGAGAAGCGGCCGCCCAAGGAGAAGCCCAGCGCCAAAGUGGAGAAGGUCAAGGCGGAGAGCGAGCCCAAGGCGGUCAAGAAGCCCGUGGAGGUGGCGGCGGCGGCAGUGACAGUGGCGGUGGAGGAGUCCAAUUCAGAAGACGAAGCUUCUCUGAAAUCGGAGGGGGUGAAGUCCGCUGCAUCCAGCCCUUCGAACUCCAGCUCCGGCUCCGACUCCAGCUCCGACUCUGACUUUGAGCCAUCUCAGAACCACAGCCAAGGGCCGCUGCGAUCCAUGGUGGAGGAUCUCCAGUCUGAGGAAUCAGACGAAGACGACAGCUCUUCCGGUGAAGAGACGGCCGUCAAGGCAACCCCCAUCAGCAGAGAUGCCAGGCUCAGCCACAGCGACAGCGACAGCGACAACAGCGCGGACUCCUGCUUGCCCAGCUGCGAACCUCCUCCCAGCCAGAAACUCCCCCCUUCGAGCAAUAAGGUCUCUGGGAGGAAGAGUCCAGAGUCGUGCAGCAAACCAGAAAAGAUCCUCAAGAAAGGAACCUACGACAAGGCCUACACCGAUGAGUUAGUGGAGCUUCACCGGAGGCUGAUGGCACUACGAGAACGGAACGUACUACAGCAGAUCGUCAACCUCAUCGAGGAGACGGGGCACUUCAACGUCACCAACACAACUUUUGACUUUGACCUCUUCUCCUUGGACGAGACCACCGUCCGCAAGCUGCAGAGUUACCUGGAAGCUGUGGCUACGUGACCCGCGGCCUCCCGGAUUCCGUGGGACGCUUUUUGGAAAACCAGACUUCCCCGUCUCUUUGGUACCAGGAAACCAACCCGUGGGCCUCUGUUGCCGCCUUAUCCUCCUCGAUUCACCUGAAGCACUGCCUUAGAGAACAGCUGCGCUCUAGAAACCCGCCGCGUUUUCUUUCUGAGCUUCAGCCAAGCCACCGCCCAGCCUGUCCUCCUUUGCUUUGGCAGCCCCCCUGGGCCUGAUAGAGCCCAGUCGCGUCAGUCCUAAGCUGUUCCGUGGCGCACUCGUCCCUCUCUCCAGCUUUCAAGAAAAAAAGGGGCUCCGUGCGCGCGUGUGCUUGUCUUUUGAGAAUGCACUUUGAAGCUGCCUCUUCGUUUCAGAGCUGAGCGAAGCUGUUUUGUUUCUGACAAACCUACAGACUGCGGAAUAUGCCUGCCUGUGGCGUUCUGAGGCUUACCUGUUGAAACGAGGCGGGUGUCCGCACCUGACCGGCUGCAGUCUUGAUGUGUAGCAGAGGACCGUCGGAUUCGUACAGUAUUCUCACGCCUUCCGAGGAGGAGGGGGUCGUCCAGACUCCUCCGGCAAGCGGACUUCCUGUGAGUGCUGCAGACGAUAGCUUGCAGCCUGCCAACCUUGCUUACUUUAGACGCAGCGCUGGAUCCGGUCCCCUCCAAGAGAGUCUCUCCCUUCUGCACCCCUUUUUUUAAAAAAAAAUACGCUUUAACUGUAAGGACUAUGUUCAUUGUAUGCUAUUUUAUAUAUAUAUAUAUAUAAUAUAUAUGUACGGUGUAAAAAGGGCCCAGUUUGGGUCUUAUGGCUUCAAAGGGUGUGUAUAAAAAUUGGGAAGAGGGGUUGGAUCUUUUUCUUUUUUUAAAAGGUGGCAACAUUUGACUUGUUUGUUACAAGGCCUCUGAGUGGGACAGUUUCUAGCGUCUGGAAGCCAGGCAGGUGUGUACGAAGCCUUCUGUUCUGUGCUCUGAAAGGAGCUGAUCCGUGUUGCUUUUUAUUAUUAUUAUUUUUUCCCUCCAACCAUCAGUGUUUGCAAAAAAAAAAUUUUUUUUUGCCAAAAUGCAUUUGCCCCUCGUUUCUCUUCUGUGUCCUCAGAGUGAGAGAGAGAGAGAGAGGCGUUGGGCCAUCUCCAGGCAGCUACAGGUGGGAUGCUGUGGAGCGAAAGCAAAACGGGGGACAUCUUUAUAUGUCUCUCGCACAUUUUUUGGGAAAACCUGCAGACGUGCAGGUCUGCCGUUUUAUAGGACUUUGGAAAGCAUAGUAUUGAUAAGACCGAAAACACUAAUUGGAAUAUUUGUUGCUCUUCUGUGCUUUACUGGUAUUUGUGCGAUGUAGGGACUUCCCACGAGGCGCUUGCAAGGGCACAAGACCCUUUUGAGUCAGUCUUCGUAGAACUCGGGAGGGGAACUUGUUUCCAGACAAGGAUUCUUUAAACCUUUUUUUUGCCAAACGGCUGCUGGCCGAGGGGUGCUGGACUAGAGACUGCUCUCGCUUUGUGCUUUUCAAAGAGUUCCUCGCAGGGGUGGUUUCCUGGUUCAACUUAAAAAGAAACAGAAAUCAAAUAGGAAAGCUUAGUUCCUUGAGCUGCAUCCUGUCCUUCUUUUCUUCUUUUUUUUUAAAUCAUGCAAGUGAUUACAACUGAAAUGGCAAUAAGGUGGUGUGGGGGUAGGUCACGUUGACCCUGAAUGCCCACAAAACAUUUUCUUCCUGUAUCUGCACACUAUUGUCCUUCGGUUAUAAAAAUGCCACCGCCCUGGUAGUACCCCAGCCCCGGCGCAGUGACUGAACUCUGAGCCUUGGAAACUCCAGAGGAACCAGCGUUGUGUUAACAGAAGUGCUUACUGGGCUGUUCGAUCCUUCUCUGCUGGCUUGGGACACAGGCAUUUCUGAAUCCUGGACGGUCCCCUGGGCUUACGUCUUCCUAUCUGGGGUGAUGCUGCAGCUGUUUACCGUCGGGGGGGAGGCCCACUUUCGGCGCUAGACACAAGUCUUUGAACAGUGACCAAAAUCCCCUCUAAAGAAGACACACUAAACUGCUUCUUUCCAAAGUUAACGGAUGUUCCCCCUUCCCUCCUGAACGGAUUUCAUUUGCCAGUCUCUCUCUGCUCAAGCAUGUUUGCCCUAAGAGCUGGGCAAGUUCAUCUGUGCGAGAGCCUAAGAACCUUUUGCUCUUGAGGGGUGGGGUCCCUGGGCGUAGCUUUGGGGGGGCAGAGGGGCACAGGCCUCGGCUGGCAUGAUUCCUAGCAGCACCACGUUCUGAAACCUUGUGUCCCUUUAGACUGCUUCAAGUUUCCUCUUUGAUGGCUUGCAGGAAAGAGACCUUCGUUUGUACAAGAUGGUGGGAUUCUUUGUUUCAAAAGUGUUUUGUGGACUGGCUCUAAAGAAUUCCCCCCCCCCCCCCCCACUCCAAAGAACACCAGUUUGGCCUCACCGACAUUGUGGUCACCCAGUGUACUCCCCCCUCUUUUCUUUAGCGCUUAAAAAAAACCCUCAAAAGCCUUGGAGGCCUUUAGCCAGGGGCGUGGCCGUUGGGCCUGGUGUGUUCGGUGCCCGUCUGCCCAUUCUGUUGUAGUAGAUUCGUUCUUCAGCUGUGUUUGUGGAUCCAGUGCGUGUGUGUGUGUGUGUGUUUGUGUCUGCCUCUCUCCCUUGAAAGCAUUUGGUAGGUAGCUAAAAAAUAGUUGGGAGAUGGGAUGGUACCUCGUUGCAGUGAGCAUUUAUUACUGUACAGCUUAGUGAGGGACAAAGGGUGUGGCUAACAUUUCAGAUGGAUAUCUUUGCCAUAUAUUUUUCCAUCCCCCCCCCUUACUGAACCCCCCCUUAGAAACUGGCAUCUGUUUCCAGCCUUUCCAUUUGCCACUGUGGGGCACAGUUGGGGGAGGGCAAAUCAGAAAGUGAUCCAGAGGAACACUGGUCUCUGCGCUCAAGUCUUGACUGUGGAUGGCGACCACCUCGUUUACUUCUUUGCCCAGUGGCUUUGAGCAGACACCAGGGGGUUUGUGUGUUGUUGUUUUUUUUUUGGGGGGGGGGGGGUUGUAAGCAGUUCUGAAGCCAUGGGAAGAGGGAUUAAAAAAGAAAAAAAGAAGGAAAACUUGGGAGGGAAUUCAAGUUAAGGGUCAAAGGCAGACUUGGCGUGCGGAAGGUCACAGGUUCUGUUCUGCCACUUUGAGUAGACAGUACUGGCCUUAAUGGACCAAUGGGUUGGCUCUCCCCAAGGCUGUUUAAUGUUGUAUACACUUCAACAUUAUAGACACUAUGAUUUGCAUUAUUUUUGAUUCAGUGGUGAACAUAUCAAACAAUACCUAAAAAUGGCAGCUGCGUUUAGCCUGUUCUAGCAAAACCCGGCUUCCCAGCAAAGAAGAGUCUUCUGGCACCUUGAAGGCUCACCGACCGACAUAAGUGUGGUUUGUGGCCCAUAACAGCCGCGAUAACACGUGGUUAUGAGCCGUGAAGUUUAGGGUACCCCAACUCUCCCACCCCUGGGAUCCGUUUGGAGCAAGCAUUUGUUAAGAGUUUGCUUUUUGCAAAGACGUGCCAAUAUGCUCUGGCCAAAUGCUUCCAUGGACGCUGGCCCAGCUCAGGGUAUAAAUUGCCUCAGAGCGGCCUGGCAGGGAAGCAGUUCGGGAAAUGGGUGGUUCUAAAACCAGCAGGUGUGUUACUCAAUGAUUGGUAUAGGUCAGUGGUUUUGGACCAGCUGCUGGUGUGUUUUGGGGAGGAGGGGGGCUUAUUGCACAAGUUCACAAAGGCCAGGGCAGGGCGCCCUGACUUGCGUGGGGGAGGUUGGCUGUGAUUCUCCAGUAGAAACCGUAGCUUUGGGCUGGCUGACAAUUUGUGACCUCCCGUUUUCCAGACUGGCUGAGUUGGCAGGUUUGGAAAUGGGAAUUGAAAUCAUGUUGUGGUCAAUGGAGAAGAAACUUGUGUUGGGGUGGGGAACAUCAGUAUGUCUACUGCUUGCUGUUGUUCAGAAGCAAAAGAUGGGGGAAGGGUUUGGCAACGAACACCCGUUAGGCAGCCCUGCUGGUCUGCAGUAGAAGAGCUGGAUUCGAGUCCAGUGGUACCUCGGAGACGACUAAGAAUGUCAUGGUAUGAGCUUUCAGGAGUCAAAGCUUGCAACACAAGCUUUGACUCUUGAAAGCUCAGAGCCGAGACAUCUUGUCGGUGCCCAGAGGGUACAACGCAAAUCUAGCUUUUAACACUGGGGGCAUAAUUUUCAUUUUUUUAAAAAAGCAAAAACUUGUGAGUAUUUUCUUUUGCAAUUCCAUCUACUGCCACUGCCAGGGCAGUUUUCAACUUUUCCAUACCUGGCCUUGGCAAAUGGAGAAGGCAGGUAGCUAGACUUGGACCUUUCGUGUGGCAUUUCUCUCUUCCCCAAUACCUGGCCCCAGCCGUUGUGUCUGGUAUCAAACUGGAGUGGCCACUGCAGAGACUGAUGUGUAUCACUGAUGGAGAGGUGCUGGACCGGAGGCGGCAGAGGGUGCGUUGGAGAGAAGUAGACCCCAUUGCUGGCAGUGGUUGAGAGAAAUGAAGCCAGGAAGGGCUGCAAGUUCUGUUCCUGCUCUUUCCCCUACUGGCUCCCUUGAGCUUUUGCUCAAACCCAAACACCUGUUGGUUCCAGGCUGGCACGGUCUCCAUCUCUUAAUGCAUGAUCAGGCAGAGGUCAGAAGGGCUUCAUUUUGGGGCCGGCUCUGCCGUUACAAGCCCUCACGUCGGCUUGUUUUCGUGGUUCAGUGUGUCGUGGCCCACGUGUCUCCGAGUGACCUGUCGGUUGUACUUGAGACUGUGUGUCCACCGCUGUUACCUCCGGACUCUGACAGAGAGGGUUUCAACCCCAGAAAUUGUCCUUCCCAGUUGUAUUGUUAGACGGAAGAAAGAGGCAAGUGUGUGACCUUGUGGAUAUUCUCACCAGUACAGCAAGGAAAGACCUGUGGGGUGGGGAUCUCGGAGGCAGAGGGGUGAGCAGACUAGGAUUUCCGAGGGGUUUGCAUGUCAUAUAUGCAGAUUUCUUCUCUUUUAUAACGCAAAGUACGCACGGCCUGAUUUAUCCUUCUUGAACAGGCCUCCUAUGUAUUAAACAUUUGACUGGGAGUGGAGUUGUCAUGGGGCGGGCGGGCUAUGGGGGUGGUAGCCCCGGCGAACAAAAGAGUUUGCACUCUUCAAGGAAGUAAAUAAGUACUUAAUCCUCUUGCUCGUGUGUUAGUUUUCUUCUGGCUGCUUUUUUGUCUGCCAAAAGCAAAAAAGAAAAGAAAAGAAAGAAAAGGUAUUAAAUACCUGGUCAUGGAGUAGAGAGGACAUUAAAAAAAAAAAAGGUCAUGUUGGGAGGGGGGGGGGGGGUUCUUUGCUCGCCCAGCCCAAGACUCCAGGUAAAAAUCCUGAAAAGAUGGGGCGGGAAGGGGAAAAUAUUUGUAACGAGUUAUGGGAUCGUUUUUGUCCUGACUUUUAAACUUUGUUAAAUUUGUGAAAUUUAUGGAGGAGUUUUUUUAUAGGAAAAAAAGGCAAGAAAUAAAAGGCGAGAGAGUCACAA